AUGGUAGAACUUAUCAAUGGGGAAAUGCCAAUAUUUAGUUCGUCUGGUGGAGGAGGAUCGACAGAUUUCGUUCGUGUUGGAAUUGACUGUACGCUCAGCCCGUUGAAACCAACCACUGCUACAACGGGAACUCUACACAAUCAACAACAACAACAGCAACCGCGCCAAAAGACGGCUAUCAACGUCGAAGAAAACGCUCCCGAGGGAUCGACGGCGGCGGCUAUCAAGCGAGUGGUGUGCAGCCCGGAUCUGCCGGUGUUCACCAUAACGUCGGUGGUCGAAGAGGCAGCCGUGAUCAUCGACUCGGCUAAGACGGUGGCCGCGGUGGGUGCGGCCGAGCCAGCUGUACUUCCGUCAUCUCACACGGCCACCACGGCGUCUGACAAGUCUUUGCAGUGCAACAUGUGCCACAAGGUAUUCAUGCAGAAAAACGCUUUUCAAAAUCACUUGCGAUCUCACGUGAAGGACACGACGACGGAGGGCCCGUUUCAGUGCAACUACUGCAGCAAGUCGUUUACGGUACCAGCUCGGUUGACCCGGCACUACAGAACCCACACCGGUGAAAAACCGUACAAAUGCGAGUAUUGUGACAAACCGUUCUCGGUCAAAGAGAACCUGAGCGUGCAUCGGCGUAUCCACACCAAGGAGAGGCCGUAUAAGUGUGACGUGUGUGAGUGGGCAUUCGAGCACAGUGGAAAGUUGCGUAGACACAUGCGCAUACACACUGGUGAACGGCCGCACAAGUGUUCGUUCUGUGACAAGACGUUCACCCAGAGCGGCCAGCUGGACAUUCACAUACGCACACACACGGGUGAAAAACCGUACGUGUGCAAAACUUGCGACAAGGGGUUCACGUGCUCCAAGCAGCUCAAGGUGCACACACGCACGCACACAGGCGAGAAGCCGUACUCUUGUGACAUAUGUGGCAAGUCUUUCGGCUACAACCACGUGCUAAAGCUUCACCAGGUUUCGCAUUAUGGUGAGAAAUUGUACAAGUGCACGAUUUGCAAUGGCACGUUCACGUCCAAGAAGACCAUGGAGAGCCACAUCAAGAGUCAUUCGGACAACGGCGGAAGUGGAGCGGCUUCAGCCGCAGUGGCUACCACUAACGGUAUCCAGGAGACCAGCAGUGCUGCUGCGGCUGCGGCCGCGGGUGCACUGGUCAUCACUGUGCAGUCUUCAUCCAAAAAAGAAGCGGCAUCCGAGGGUGAGACUUCGUCGAGCUGUGGUAGCGAUAAAGAGAACAACAAGUCGACAGUGGCUACGUCCGCUGCGGUAUUGCUUCAGCUGUCUGAUGAACCGAAACGCACCAACCUACUCCUGCACCAGUCCACAGCAGCGACGGCUUCUGUAGUAAUGGUUCGGGAACACGACGGUAGUGGUGUUGGAAAAUCCGAUGAUGAAGAAGACGACGGGGACGAAGAGGACGUUGAAGACGUGAUGGUGAUGGGUGGCGUAGAUACUGAACUUAACAAGCUGUGUCAGUAUUUGUAUCCCAGGUUACCUGGCAGAAACCAAAAAUAUAGUGAUUAUGACGAUGAAUAUAAUUGUGACCAACCUCCAAGUCCAGCAAGUAACUCUUCUUUGAAUCUAACCAUGGACAUAUCACCGACACCAAUGACUCCUCGACACCAAUUUCAACAACAACAACAGCAGAAACAACUCCAACAACAGCAGCAGCAGCAGCAACAGUCGUUCCACACGAUGCAGACGGCUGCAAAACAACAGCGACAGCAGCACGUGAAUUACGUCAUGAUUAUGGCUGCCGAAAAUCGCGCAGUCGUAUCGCCCGCCCUGUACACAGUCGUAGCCACCGCCGAAGACGAGACACUGGAGAUGCCGCCUGUGGUGUCAUUGACCACGGUGCCGUCGCCACCGCAACCCAACGAUCGGGAUCAUUUGAGCCUGCCACCUCGGAAACGAUCGAAAAUGAUACUCAAGUCGAUGGAGAUCACCGCCAAGAAAGAAGCUCAGUGCAGCCGAUACAGUUCGGUAAUACAGUACGCCAACAAAGCUUCAAUUUAA